AUGGAGGCCGACAUGGACAUGAGCUUCGAUUUCUCUUGGGAGACGCCUAACUUCUUCGAGGCCCAGGUACUGGAGCUCGGCGUCAUCGACAGUAUGUACUUGCCGGCUGAGGACUCGCUGUCCGGUCUGUACUCGUGCUACGACGACUCGAGCUCGCCGGACGGCGCCAGCUCGUGGUCGAUGGCCAUGACGAGGGCAACCCGCGCGAGCAAGAACAUAAUCAUGGAGAGGGACCGUCGCAGGAGGCUCAACGAGAAGCUUUACAACCUCCGCGGCGUCGUUCCAAACAUCACCAAGAUGGACAAGGCGUCCAUCAUCCAGGACGCCAUCGCGUACAUCGAGGCGCUGCAGGAGCAGGAGCGGCAGGCGGAGAACGUCGCCUCCGUCGGGAGCCAGGCGGAGGAAGAAGGCGUGGGCCUGCCACGGCGGAAGAAGAUGAGGAGGACUAGCUCCGCCUCCUCCAUCAACGACGCCAUCACUUCCCCUGCCACGUAUGCGGUCGAAAUCCUCGAGCUGGAGGUGACGAAUGUAGCGGAGAAGCUGUCGGUGGUGAGCCUGAGGCACGGCAAGCCGCGGGACGCCAUGGUCAAGGUGUGCGGGGCGCUGCAGUCGCUCUGUCUCAAGGUCAUCACGGCGAGCGUCACCACCGUGGCCGGCAGCAUGGUCCACACCAUGUUCGUCGAGACGGAAGGGGUGGAUGGUGCUCAGACAAUCAAGGAGAUGAUAAAGUUUGCACUCCACCAUCUCAAAUGA